AUGAGGACCGGACUUGGCUCUGUGGUCGUGGCCCUCGCCGCCGCGGCCGUCUCGCCGCUCGCCCUCGCCGACGGCGACGGCAAUGGCAACGCUGGCGAUGACCUCAAGUUCGGAGGCGGCGGCGGCGGCCACGACGUGCUCCGGCCGGGCUCCCCCGAGUCGGUGGGCAUGCGCUCGCGGCCGCUGCGCGACAUGGUGGCCAACCUGACGCACUUCACCGAGACGCGCAACUGGACGUCGCACUCGUACAACCAGGUGGUGCCCAUCGAGCCCGGCGGCGUCGUGCUCGUGGCGCGCAAGGGCGUCGUCGUGAGCCACUUUGCGUUCGGCAAGAGCAGCCUCUGGGCGGGCGUCAACGGCACGCACGGCGAGCUGCUGCCGCCGCACAAGCAGGAGGACGCGACCGUCGACACCAUCUACGACAUGGCCAGCCUGACCAAGAUGUUCACCACGGUGGCGGUCCUGCGCUGCCUCGACCGCGGCCAGCUCGACCUCAACGCCACGGUCGCGCACUACCUGCCCGGGUUCGCGGCCAACGGCAAGGAAAACGUGACGCUGCUGCAGCUCGCGACGCACACGAGCGGCCUGCAGGCGGACCCGUCGCCGGGCUUCGUCGACCCGUCGUACCCGACGUACCAGUCCAAGGUGGACGCCAUCCUGGGCCAGAAGCUGCUGAGCGCGCCGGGCACGAAGUACCUGUACUCGGACCUCAACUUCAUGACGCUCAUGCUGGUCGUGGAGAAGGUGGGCGGCAAGAAGCUCGACGAGGCGAUCGGCGAGUUCACGUCGCAGCUGGGGAUGCGGCACACCUUCUUCAACCGCGGCAACGUCGAGGGCGCCAAGUUCCCCUUCUACCGCUCCAUGGCGCCGCAGGAGUUCCAGAUCGCCGUCGAGGGCGACGGGCCGACCAUCCCCAAGCGGCCGCAGCCGGUGCGCGGGACCGUCCACGACGAGAACGCCUACGCCCUGGGCGGCGUGUCGGGCCACGCGGGCCUCUUCUCGACGGCGGCCGACACGGCGCGCUUCUGCCAGAUGAUCCUCAACAACGGCACGUACGGCGGGCGGCGCAUCCUCUCGCGCCGCGCCGUCGACCUCAUCUUCACCAACUUCCUCGGCUACCUGGGCGAGGACCACGGCGUCGGCUUCGAGCUCAACCAGUUCUACACGGCCGGGCCCAUGGCCAACCUGCUGGCCGCCAGCCACACGGGCUUCACCGGCACGUCGCUCGUCAUCGACCGCGCGAGCGGCACGCUGUUUGUGCACCUCGCCAACCGCGUGCACCCGUCGCGCAGCUGGGCGAGCAACAACAUUGUGCGCGAGACGCUGGGCGCGUGGGUGGCGGCGGCCCUGGGCCGGGACGUUGAGUUUCCGCUGUGA